CUAAUUUUUCAUUUUGAGCUUAAAACUGUCAACUCAAGUUACUCCGUAAAUGUGACUAUAGAUAUCUUAGUUCACUUGUGUAGUAGUUAGAUAAAUCAUUAUACCUGGAUUUUUAAUAAAUUGAAUAAGAUUUUUCUUUUCAUAAAUUUUUUCAUCAGUGUAUUGUGAAAAAAAUGUUUGGAUUUUUUUUUCGGUUAGCUCUGCUUUUAGCUGUGUCACAAGCUGAGGUUACGACUCCAAAAGUAGAGCCGCAAAUUAAUUAUCGUCUUCCCAGCAGUAUAAUUCCAAUAGAUUAUGAAAUUAAACUGACACCUACACUUCAUAGACCAUUUAUAUUUAAAGGAGAAUGUAUUAUAAAUGCAGAAGUAAUAACUGAUGAUACAAAUAAUAUAACUUUGCAUUCAAGAGAUCUUGAUUAUGAUCUAUACGAAGUAAAGCGGGACGUUGGCAAUGGGACGUUCACUUCACUUACAGAUAUCUCACUGAAUACAGAUCAAGAAACAGAAGAAGAAAAGAAAACAGAUUUUCUAAUUUUUAAAAUGAAAGAAACCCUAAAGAAAGGAAAAAUUAGAAUUACUCUUCAUUAUAGCGGAGUAUUAAAUGAAAAUUUACGUGGAUUUUAUAGAAGUUCCUACAUUAAUAAAGAUAAUAAAGAAAAAAGGUGGUUAGCUACAACUCACUUUGAGGCAACUAGUGCACGUCUAGCGUUUCCCUGUUUCGAUGAACCUGCUUUAAAAGCUGAAUUUUUGAUCAAAAUUGAUUUAAGUCAAUUAAAGGAGCCAAAAGUUUACAAAGCUAUUUCUAAUAUGCCAAAAAAGUCAAAUAGUGCUGAACCUCUUUACGAGUUUGAGAAGACACCAAAAAUGUCUACAUACUUGGUAGCAUUUGUCAUUUCUGAUUUUGAGUAUAAAACUGACAGCCCUAUUACUGUAUGGUCGCAGCCAGCUUUGAUUGACAAGGCACAAUAUCCACUUACCAUGGGUAAAAAAAUUCUAAAAGAAAUGGCAGAAUAUACUGGUGUUGUGUAUCAACUGCCAAAAAUGGACCAGAUUGGAAUUCCAGACUUUGCAGCUGGAGCUAUGGAAAACUGGGGUCUGGUAACAUAUAGGCAACAUUCAUUAGUUCUGAAUGAGACGACAUCAACUGUUAUUAAAAAGCAAGGUGUGGCUGGUAUUAUAGCUCAUGAAUUUGCUCAUCAAUGGUUUGGAAAUCAUGUUGGACCAGCUUGGUGGGAAUUUAUAUGGCUAAACGAAGGAUUCGCUACAUUUUUCCAGUAUUUCAUAACUGAUAAAGUUGAAAACUUUGAUAUGAAAAAUCAAUUUGUAAUAAGUAGACUUCAAGCUGAAGCUUUUGUAUUUGAUGUGACAAACAAAUCUCAUCCGAUGAAUGUAAAAGUUAAUAGCCCUAAAGAAAUUUCUAAUGUUUUUGAUAAAAUUUCUUAUGCCAAAUCUGCUUGCGUUAUUCGAAUGAUGCAACACUUUUUAACUGAAAAAAAUUUCAAGGCAGGAUUAAAAAAUUAUCUUGAUACUAACAAAAACGGGUAUGCAACUUCCGACAUCCUUUUUAAAAGUCUAAAUGAUGCUUGGGCAGAAAAAAAUCAAGAUUUGAAAAAAAUUAUGGAUACCUGGGUGACCCAGUCUGGAUAUCCAGUAAUUACUGUGACUAGAGAUUAUGCAAAGAAGUCAGCCAAAAUUACCCAACAAGAAUUCUUUGCAAAAAAAACGACAACAAAAAGUGAGAAAAAGUGGACGAUUCCAAUUAAUUUUGUUUCACAAACAGACCUGGAUAAUAAAAAUAUUAAUACAGAAGCAACUAAUUGGUUUAAAUCCGAAGACGAUCAAUUAGACAUUGAUUUAAAGACAAACAAAGAACACUUGGUUAUUUUUAAUAAACAACAAACUGGUUACUAUCGAGUUAAUUACGAUAAAACAAACUGGAAUCUCAUUAUUAAAUAUUUAUCCGAAUCAAAAAAUAAUACAGAAAAAAUUCACAAAUUGAAUAGAGCACAACUUGUUGACGAUGCUUGGAAUCUUGCUAAAGCUGGUCUUUUAGGAUACGAUGUUGCUUUGGAUUUAACAAAUUAUUUGACUUUAGAAACUGAUUACUUUCCAUGGUAUUCUGCAAUUAGACACUUAAACUUCUUGAGAAAUCAACUCCUGCAUACUCAGAACUACGAUAAGUUUAAAGAAUUUGGAUUAAAAAUUUCUCAAAAACUCAUCGAAAAUGUUGGAUUUGAAGAGACGGGAGACAAAGAUCAUAUACAAACACUGAAAAGACGUUUAGCUCUCAGUUGGGUCUGCAGCUUAGGUUACGAAAGUUGCAAUAAAUUGGAGAAGAAAUUUGUAUCAUGGAUUGAAAAGAAGGAAAGUAUUCCUGAAAACUUGAAGAGUCUUGUAUAUUGUGAGGGUUUAAAACAAGCAAAUAAAACAAUUUGGGAUAAAGUUUAUGAAGAAUAUAGAACAAUUGAAGACCAUUCGCAGAAAGAGGAGAUUUUCAAGUCUCUAAGUUGUUCCAGAAAUAAAGCUAUUUUAUAUGAUUAUUUACAAUUGGCUUUAAAAAAUAAUGAAAAAUAUCAAAAUUUCUCAGAUGUUAUUCAAUCUGUAUACAAUGGCAAUGAAAUUGGCUUGAAUGUUUCUUUAGAAUUUAUUUCUCGCAACGUUAUAAGUAUUUCCAAACUUGAUAAGGAUAGUACAAAAUUGUUAAAAUAUAUAAAUGAUAUCGGCAAGAAAAUCACAAGAAAUGAUGAACUGCAAUCUAUGGAAAAUUUUGUCAAAAUAUAUAGUGAAUCAUUAGACAAGAGUGCAUUAGAUUCUGCAACUAAUUCAGCUAAAGAGAAUAUUGCAUGGACAAAACAGAACAAAGAUGUCAUUGGCGAAAUUCUUAUUCAGAAAACUCAGAAAAACAGUGCAUCUGCCUUGAAGUUUGCAACACUUUUCUGUUUAAUUCCAGUUUUUAUCGCCUUAUUCAUUUAAAUAUCUAAAUUUUAUUUUGUCGUUGAAAUUUAGUUUAAUUAUUUUAUUCCCACGCCGUAUUAAAAUUACUUAAAUUUUAUUCACUAUCAGUCAUUGAUAGUAAAUUGUUUCUACACUGUUAAUAUUUUGUGUUUUAAAUAAAAAAAUAAUUUCUAUCAA